GUUCCGGGUUAUUGUCAGUUUCGGCAGCUUUGCACAGGGAGAGGACCGCAUCCUGAAUAGCAGUGAGCUGCCUUAAACAGCAAAAUAUUUAUUCGGACAUUAUCAAUAUUGCUUGGUAUGUAGAUCAAAGAGAAGGUCAACGCAAAGGAAUGUUUGGAACUGGUUUUGUCACCUCAAUUGGAAAUUAGAGUCUAUAAUCGGGAGGACAGACGUUUUGCGAGAGGCUGUAGACAGACAUCGCCGGAGAAAGUGUAUGCCAAAGGAUUUAAUAGCAUCUCUUAUUUCUCACAACUGCAUUUGUUUCAAAGUAUUGGAAUCUGCACGGUUACUCUGUGCUACAGACAACGUUAACAUUUUGUUUAGUGGACAAAUUCAGAUUGAUUAGACUAAAUAGGUGAACCACUUUGACCUAUAUGCGUAAUUGCUUUGGGGAACCAUUCGUAUCCAUCAAUUCUUUUUGGAUUGAGAAUUUCGUUUUGUGACAAAUCUUUUUGGAAAUAUUCACGGGGAAACGAGGAGAAGAAAUGACACGAUAGCGGAUCAUUUUACAGGCUAGUUUCGGGGGGCGAAAGGUUGAGUAUGAUAUGCGUUAGGUGAGAGCACAGUUUAACGGGAGAGACUGACACGCAACACUCCUGAAUUUGUCAACCUGUUAUUUCCCAGGCUUUGAAUUCACGGUCAUUCUGCCCAGGAAACGAAACGCAUCAGUUACAAUAAUAUUGUUCAUUGACGGAAAGAGCAAAUCAUUUAACCAUUGGGUUUUUCAGUUUGGAAUCUGAUUCACUGUCUGAAAAUGUGCAUGAUACUGAAAGGGGGAGAAUAAACUGUAUUGCUGUUGAUCAACAGCGGGUGGUUUUUGGAUUUUGGAGAGCGGAAUGAAACCUAUCUGAUUUAUCUCUGGACCGCAACGUUCUGAAGCAGACUACUCAUCGCCAGCUGACCUGCAUGGAAUUCUAAUCUGCACUACGAAACAAUUUAUGCUGCAUUUGAUUCCUUCCUAAAAUUACGACGACUUCUCUUUGAUCUGUUGGAGCCAAGCUGAGAAACGACGGCUUCUCUUUGAUCUGUUGGAGCCAAGCUGAGAAACGACGGCACCUCUUUGAUCUGUUGGAGCCAAGCUGAGAAACGACGGCACCUCUUUGAUCUGUUGGAGCCAAGCUGAGAAACGACGGCACCUCUUUGAUCUGUUGGAGCCAAGCUGAGAAACGACGGCACCUCUUUGAUCUGUUGGAGCCAAGCUGAGAAACGACGGCACCUCUUUGAUCUGUUGGAGCCAAGCUGAGAAACGACGGCACCUCUUUGAUCUGUUGGAGCCAAGCUGAGAAACGACGGCACCUCUUUGAUCUGUUGGAGCCAAGCUGAGAAACGACGGCACCUCUUCGAUCUGUUGGAGCCAAGCUGAGAAACGACGGCACCUCUUUGAUCUGUUGGAGCCAAGCUGAGAAACGACGGCACCUCUUUGAUCUGUUGGAGCCAAGCUGAGAAACGACGGCACCUCUUUGAUCUGUUGGAGCCAAGCUGAGAAACGACGGCACCUCUUUGAUCUGUUGGAGCCAAGCUGAGAAACGACGGCACCUCUUUGAUCUGUUGGAGCCAAGCUGAGAAACGACGGCACCAACGAACAUUGAACCAAACGGUUGGCCUUGGCAGUCCCCCAGUUGUAGUUGUCCGCCCGCCCCCCCGCCAUGCUGGCCUGCCUGCAGAGGAGGCAGAACCCUCCAAUCCCAUCCUCCCAGCACCCCUUGUGCGCCAGCAAGGCCCUGGAGCCGCCUCAAGCCCUCAGCCGAAAAUGUGAGCUGGUGGUUCCCAUGCAUUCUCCCCGCUACCCCAGUGUGGCUGAGCUGGAUGCCUACGCCCAGAAGAUGCAGAGCAGCCCGCUGUCCAUCAAGAUCUUCCCCACCAACAUCAGAGUCCCCCAGCACAAGCACCUUAACCGGACUGUGAAUGGCUUCGACACCACAGGUAGCCAGCGCUAUAGCCCCUACCCACACCUCCACACCGGUGGCUAUACAGGCCUCCUGGCCAUUGUCAAUGCCUCCUCAUCCUCCUCCUUCGGCCCCACUAAGGGCAUCAUCAAGAACUCGGAAGGCAGACGGACUAAGCUCUCCCCAGCCCAAAUAGCUGUGGCCCCGUACCCGCCCCCUAGCAGUAGCACUUUAGCCAAUGGCCACGGCCAGAUGGUGUACCUCACGGGGUCCUCGAAGCCCCCUGAAGCACCUGCCCUCUCCCGCUCGGUGCCCCCUAACGUCACUGUGGCCGGCUCUAUGAUCCCCGUGACAGGGGGACGAGGCCUGGCCCAGCCCCUCUCCCAGUCCAAUCUUCCCUCCAUCCAGAGCAUCAUCUAUCAGAUAAACCAACACUGCCAGGCCCAGGCUCUGCAGCAGGUGUGCCAGGGAGCCACCUCCUCCACCGCACCUUCCACCAACCCCAGCCCCUCCAAGAAGGGUGCGGGGGGUGUCAUGGGCAUCUCCUCUGGCUCCUCGGGGGGUGGCUAUGUGGGCAGCAUUGCGCCCCAGCCUAACCUGGUGUACACAGGAGCGGGGCUGCCGCUGGCGGCCCACAGUGGCGAGGCCAUGAAGGCCGGGGUGUACUCAGACAGUAUGGACUACAUCCUGUGGCAGAAACAACAGCAACAACAGGCUGUGCUUCGCAUGUACAGUGGGGGCAGUGGGGGAGGAGGGGCCAUCAGUAAGUCCCCUGAAAGCUGUGGUGCCCCGGGGGGAGGGGGGAUUAUGGCCAAGGCCCAGGUGUUGUCGUCGUCGUCGUCCUCCUCCUCCAGACCCUACCACCUGACGGGGGGCAUUGGCAGCGGGGGGUGCCUGGACAAGGUCAGCUCCUCCCCUCUGAACUGCAUGGGGAUGCAUGGCAACUUCUCUGUGGGCCAAUACUUUGCCCCGCCCUGGAACAGCGUGCUGGUCACCCCUGACAGUGACUGUUACAACCCCCAGCAGGAGCUCCUGAGGACCACCACAGGAGGACCAGCUACGGGGGGCCACAGGGAGAUGGUCUACCACCACCACCCCCACCACCAUCACCACUACCCCGCCAUGGACAGUGGGAGUGGGGAAGGCCUGUGCUGCAGCCUGCCCAGUAAGAGUCAGCUGUGUAACACAUCGGUGCUGAGCAGCAGCCUGCAGUCUCUGGAGUACCUGGUCAACGACAUCCACCCGCCAUGCAUUAAAGAGCAGAUGCUGGGCAAAGGCUACGAGACUGUGUCGGUGCCACGGCUGUUGGACCACCAGCAUGCCCACAUCCGCCUCCCGGUUUACAGAUAGAACGGGGAUGAGAGCGCGAGUGCCAGAGCUCAAGAAUUAAUGAAUGAAGCAAAAGCUGGAUUAAAGGUGAGGGACAGAAGAUCUUGAUUUCCUGGGGAUGUACAAGUCUGUUGAGACUGGCACUGCUUGAAGCAGGGAGGGGGCUCCAGGGAGGGAGACGAUGGCGUUAGACUGGAUCCUGUGUUGGAUGACAGGCUGGGAGGGGGGGGGGGGAUGGUUAUUUAUCAGUGGGGGAGAAAAGGGAUUUCAGUGGUUUUGGUUUUUAGAAGAUUCUCCUGAUGUCCCGUGGUUAAUUUGCCAACUGGAAUUUGGGGCAGUUUUAUUUUGUUUGUUUUGUUGUUGAGUUGACUAAACCUUUUCCUGAGAAUCAUAGGUUGAUAUGAAGUGCAUACAGCCACCUAUGUUCCCCCAUCCAUUUAGAACGGCAGAGGGGUGCUGUAGUCACAUAGAAGGACCCAAAGGGCCACGGUGUAGGGCUGCUUUCUAAACUCCAAAAGAACACGCACACACAUACAUUUGCUUACACAAGCACGCACGCACACAAGCACGCACGCACGCACGCACACACACACACCUAUAUGCACACACACACACACCUAUAUGCAUACACACACACCUAUAUGCAUACACACACAUACCCAAACAGAACACUAUAUACUAAGAAGAAAAAUAAAAACAUGGAAUCAAUACUUUGGUAUGAUGUGCAAGAAUCACAAUAUUGACUAAAGAAUAUAUUACAAUAUUAGUAAUUAUUGUUAUAAUUGAUACUAUAAAUUGCACUGCUUGGAGUUUAAAAACAUUUAACUUUGGAGUUUGGAAUUGGGUAGUUUGGAUAUGAUAUGUUGAAGAAACUUGAAACUACUUUUGUUGUUUUCUAUAUUUGUGGGUAUAUUAUAUGCAUUGGCUGCUAUGGGGAAAAGUGUCUCAAUGCUUUUUAUUGUUUCAUUUGGGGUUUAUUGGUUUAUUUAGUUAUUCCUCCUCAAACUGACAGGCAGUUUCUGAUGUUCUAGUGUAAGGCAUAGUGGCUGGCCAGAGUGCUCUCUUCUCUAACCAACACUGGAAUCUACAGUAUAUCUUCAAAAUAAAAAAUGUUGCAAAAAAAUAUGAGAAAAAUGUCACUAUUGAAGAUUGAGAGGUUGUCAACUAUGACCUCUUAUGUGUAUUUGUUUAUUUUUGUCCCCUAGA